AUGGGUGUAAGUUUCUCUUCUAUAUUCUCUGAGCUCUUUGGUAAGAGAGAGAUGCGUAUCCUGAUGGUGGGCCUUGACGCCGCUGGUAAGACCACCAUCUUGUACAAGCUCAAGUUGGGUGAAAUUGUGACAACUAUUCCCACUAUUGGUUUCAAUGUCGAAACCGUUGAAUACAAGAAUAUCUCAUUCACUGUCUGGGAUGUUGGAGGACAAGACAAGAUCCGUCCUCUCUGGAGACAUUAUUUCCAAAACACUCAAGGUAUCAUCUUCGUUGUUGAUUCCAAUGAUCGCGAUCGUAUUUCAGAGGCUCGUGAUGAACUUCAGCGCAUGUUGAACGAAGAUGAACUUCGUGAUGCUCUCUUGCUGGUCUUUGCCAACAAGCAAGAUCUGCCCAACGCCAUGAACGCUGCUGAAAUCACUGAUAAACUUGGCCUCCAUUCCUUGAGAAACAGACAUUGGUAUAUCCAAACUGCCUGUGCUACAAGUGGUGAUGGUCUUUAUGAGGGUUUGGAGUGGUUAUCUGCCAAUUUGAAGAGACGUUCUUAA